AUGGGCCACAAGGACCAACGAACUUUGACGCAAGAUGAUUUAAAUGCGGCCCUUCGAAAAAGAGACGAACAGAUUGCUGGCCUGGAGGCCCGGAUAGAUGCCUAUAUUGCUCGAGCAUCAGAGACACAGGCUCGUCUCCUCCAAGCUAUUGACAUUGUGGACUCUCUAAAGGCUCAACACCUAAUCGACUUGGCGGCGAAGGGACGCGAGACGGAAAACUUGUCCCAUGAAAUUGAACGUUGGAGAACCUUUGCGAAAGUGCUCGAAGUCGAGCGGGAUGAUCUCAAAGAUGUCGUUGAGGACUUGAUUCAGAAAGUCCAGAUGUCCAGUGACUGGACUUCGCAGACGUCGGCACUGAACGCUGGAAAAAUACACCCAGAUCAACUUCCUGAAAAUCAUUUCAAAUCCAGCGAUAGAAGUUGCAGGGAUUCUGAGGAAAUCUUGGAGUACGGUGCUUCUGUCAUCACUAGGCUGCGCACCGAGCUUGACCACGAGCGCAAAGCUCACUGUAAGGCUGUGGAAGAAGCCAACCUCCGUAUCUCUGAACUCGAGGCGAAAGUAGCUGCACGCGAGGCCGUGUUAGAAGCAUCUAUUCAACACCAUCCAAAGAGGGACAAGUCACCGCUAAACCGUUCACGCCAACCCCGGAACUCUGAAAGCGAAAUACCCCCUCCAAAAUCCAUGACAGAUGAAGACUGUCUCCGUUUAUUAGCGGACAGCAACACUAGAAACAAAUCUCUUGAAAUUGAAAUACGAGGCUUGGCACGAAAACUUGAGCGCGCGCGCGGUCCCGCGGGAUCACCUCCAUACAUUUCAGCAGAUGCAACACCCUUCUCUCCGAGGCCCCCUCAAACGACUAAUACCGAAGUCCAUUUGACAUCACCGAAUCUAGUAUCCACUCUGCCAGCUGGCUCACCUGUAGUCACACAAAUAUGGUCUCACGAUCGCCCCACAGUUCUCCCGACUUCUGUAUCACUGCGCUCUAUUGCGCAGCUGGAUGACCAGAUUAAUUCCUAUGCUACCCAGCUUGAGGGCUUUAAAGUGGAGAGGAAGGCACUUGUUGAGGUGGCCGUAAGGGCACGCAGAGUGUCUAACGGAGGGGAACCUCCUGACUUUCCACAAAUUUUGGUUAUCGAGGAGGAAUGCGUGAGGCUUGCCUCUCAGGUCUCUCGACUCGAACAAGAACUUGAGCAUAGUCGAAGUUCUGCCAAGUCUCGCGAACAUGAAUUGCUUAAGGAAAUCGACGCUCUCAAGCUGUCAUUGCAUCGGCAGUCACCAAGUCUUUAUCACACACACGACGUUCAGCAUAUGGAUGAUGCUAUAGACGUCGAACAAAACAUGGAGCUGGCGACACCUCUACAGCCUAUCGCUCUUCUAUCUUGGAACAAUCUUAGUUUAACAUCCUCCCCUAUGGACCCGCUCCUGAUUCCACUCCCUUUCUCACCUGAAAGAAAUUCGUCUCCUGUUAUCCCAACGUCUCGUCCCCCACCACGCCCGUCCAGCCCCCAUCCUGUGAAACUCAGGCGACUUGAAGAGGGGUUGGAGGUUGCCAGGGCUCAACUGACCGCGAAGCAGCUAGCUCUUGACCAGGUCAAAUUCGAUAUGGAAGAACUCCUCACUUUACUCCCAGAACAGCCACCAUGA